GCCUCUGUGUUAACAGUGGUUUAUGGUACCUAUCCGCCAGCUCAGCGGCUGAGACUACUGCUGCCGUUGUGUGAGCGCUGGAAUGUAUGUGUGCCACCCAAGACUGACGCCGUGAAUGAGGAUGACUACUGCCGUGGGGUGGUACAGCAACUGGCUUUGAAGGCUGGCCGUGUGUGUGACAUGAACGAAGACAGGAAUAGUGUGGAAACGUUAUCAACAAUGAGUACGGUUGUGUGUAUGAAUGACCGAUUGGAUUCCAUUUGGUGUGAAGGUAGAAUACAGCCUACAUGCUUUGGUGUCGAUGGUGGGGCAACACAUGGUCAGCACAGUUAUUCUGGAGAUGGCACUGUGUAUGUUGAGGACCUCUGCUCCUCUACAUGGGAUUCUGAUAUCACCAUUUACGCCAAGCGUUGUGCCUAG